AUGGGUUACGGCGACGAAAUCGCCGGCAUGGACAACAAGUCCCAGAAUGUCAUGGGGGGUGAGAAGUACGAUGGUGACUUGGUGGAGAAGAUGAGCGAGGGCGAGCGGAACAUCUACGAGGCCGGUAUCGAAAAGUACAACCGUCUGGGAUGGAAGCGCCUGACGGUUGUGCUGAUCGUCGAGGCCAUUGCGCUGGGUAGUUUGUCCAUUCCCGGCAGUUUCGCUACGCUUGGUAUGGUUGCCGGUGUCAUCUUGACCGUGGGUCUGGGUUUUGUCGCCAUCUACACCAGUUACGUGGUCGGUCAGGUCAAGCUGAAGUUCCCCGACGUCGCCCACUACCCCGAGGCGGGACGUCUGAUGUUCGGUCGGGUUGGUUACGAGAUUGUCUACGUGAUGCUGGGUCUGCAAUUGCUCUUCCUGACGGGCUCCCACUGCUUGACGGGUACCAUCGCCUUCAUUAACAUUACCGAAAGCGGCGUCUGCUCCGUCGUGUUCGCCGUCGUCUCCGCCAUCAUCCUGCUGCUCUUCGCCAUCCCUCCCAGUUUCGCUGAGAUGGCUAUUCUGGGCUACGUCGACUUUGUCUCCAUCAUCGCCGCUAUUCUGAUCACCAUGAUUGCCACGGGAAUCACGGCUUCCGACAGCCCGGCUGGUCUGUCCGGGGUGAACUGGUCCGCUUGGCCCAAGGAGGGCAUCACCUUCACGGACGCCUUCAUUGCCGUCACCAACAUUGUCUUCGCCUACAGUUUCGCCAUGUGCCAGUUCUCGUUCAUGGAUGAGAUGCACACCCCCAAGGACUACGUCAAAUCCAUCUGGGCGCUGGGUCUCAUUGAAAUCGUCAUCUAUACGCUGACAGGUGCGCUGAUCUACGCCUUUGUUGGUCAGGAUGUGCAGAGCCCCGCCUUGCUGUCCGCCGGGAGCAUGGUGAAGCGUGUGGCGUUUGGGAUUGCGCUGCCCGUCAUCUUCAUCAGUGGUUCGAUCAACACGGUGGUGCUGGGCCGCAUGAUCCAUGGGCGCAUCUUCAAGAACUCGACCAUCCGCUUCAUCAACACCAAGAUGGGCUGGAUCACCUGGCUGGCCCUGAUCACCGUCAUCACCUGGGUGGCGUUUGUGAUCGCCGAGGUCAUUCCCUUCUUCUCGGAUCUGCUGUCCAUCUCCUCUUCGCUCUUCAUCUCGGGCUUCACCUUCUACUUCCCCGCGCUGAUGUGGUUCUUGCUGGUGCGCGAGGGCAAGUGGAACACGCCCAAGAACCUGAUGCUGGGGGCACUGAACCUGUGCUGCCUGAUUAUUGGUCUGGUGACGCUGGGGGCUGGUACCUACGCCAGUGUCGACGACAUUAUUCUCAACUACCGCAACGGUUCCGUGCGUGGUGUGUUCACCUGCGCUGCUCCGGAGUAG